AUGGGUGGUAACGGGGGAGCAGAGGGCACAGGAGCAGCACCCUUGUUAAUUCUCCCUGAGAGGCGGAAACUCUUAACGACGUCGAAAGUUGCCUACUUCAAGAGGAAGUAUGCGGAGGAGGAGGACAUUCAUGGAGCCCUACACGGAUAUCUACAAAAACACCUGAUACUCCGUGAGGAGCGCAGCUGCAUCCUGCGCCUCUCCCUGGAGAAGUUGCGUUUCCUGGAGGACCCUGAGGCCUACCUGCGGCGCUCCGUCCUCAUCAACAACCUCCUGAGGAAGAUCCACCAUGACGGUGAGGAAGAGCCAGGAGAGGAAGAGGAGGAGGAAGACGACGACGAAGAGAAGGACGAGGAUGAAGUGGACGAGGAGGACGAGAGGAAUGCAGAGACUCCAAAACUCUUUUACUCCAGCAGGAAGAGACUGAAAGUCAUGGUUACGGCAGCUUCUGAAUGUGACGCGCAGAACUUUCGCUACGCUAACAUGCCGGGCUACAGGCUGGUAUCGUACACCUCCUCUGGCAGCACGGUGUGCCUCUGUGGGCUCGGCAGCUGUCCAGCCCUGGCCCCCUCCUCCAGGCAUGGAGCUCCUCUUCUGGUUUAUGACUUGGACGACCAUGGGUGAACAUGGAUGGCUGUGCAACUUGGCCUAAUUAUUCGACUACGAAAUUAAUGAAAAAUAAGACGUUGCUAUGGAAGCGGUGCACGCUUAAAUGACUUGUGUUGACAAGGUGUUGUGUGUCAGAGCUGUUGAAGAGGAGUAGGAGGAGGAAGAUGAUGAUGAUGGUGAUGUGUUGCUUGGAAACUAAGGGCCAGCUAUGGAGUAUGAACCAUAGCAACUAUAAGUGUUUCUAGGAAAGACUGCCCAGAACCACAGCCAGUAUCAGGGUCAGAUUUUCACAUCUCUCUCUCUCUCUCUCUCUCUCUCUCUCUCUCUCUC